CGCGCGCAUAAAUUCUCCGACGCUUCGCCCGACCACCAGUCAAUCUCUAGAGCGUUUAGCGUAGCGAUCGAAUCGAAAACGUGAUAGUACAUUCACAACACGCACGAUAGUUCGCGUGCUCCACUGCGCGAUCUUCGAGGGAUUUACAAAAGGUUAAUUUAAAAAGGCAAACAUGGCUGAUCCCGCACACGGGAAAAUAGAAGAUAACCCAAAAAUAAUGUCGGGGCCAGUGUUGACCAACUCGCCGAACGCCGUGCUUUCCAAAACGCUGCUGGGACGGUACAACGACCUGCCGCUGCCGGUCGACCGCAUCCUCGCCACCUACAUCUGGAUCGACGGCACCGGCGAACACCUCCGCUGCAAGGACCGCACUCUCAACUUCAUCCCCAAAUCACCAAAAGAUUUACCGAUUUGGAACUUCGACGGCAGUUCUACCGGACAAGCGGACGGACACAACUCGGACACGUUCCUGGUGGCGCGAGCCAUUUACAAGGAUCCCUUCCGCAGAGGAAACCACAUCCUCGUUAUGUGUGAUACCUACAAAUAUAACAUGGAACCCACAGAGAGCAACCACCGCCUGAAGUGCCAGGAAGCGUCAGAUCAGUGCAAAGACGAGGAGCCGUGGUUCGGCAUCGAGCAGGAGUACAUUCUUCUGGACGCAGACCUGCGGCCCUUCGGGUGGCCCCCGGGCGGUUUCCCCCCGCCACAGGGUCCCUACUACUGCGGCGUCGGAGCAAACAAGGUGUUUGCCAGAGAUCUCGUUGAGGCACACUACAGAUGUUGCCUGUUUGCUGGCGUCCCUAUCUCCGGCACCAACGCAGAGGUGAUGCCCUCACAGUGGGAGUUCCAAGUGGGGCCUAGCGUGGGCGUGACGGCGGGAGACGACCUCUGGAUCGCUCGCUACAUCCUGCACAGGCUAGCUGAGGAGUACGGCGUGAUCGUCACCUUCGACCCCAAACCAGUCCAAGACUGGAACGGCUCCGGGGCCCACACCAACUUCUCUACCAAGAAGAUGAGGGAGGAGAACGGUAUUAUUGAAAUCGAGAAGGCAAUAGACAAGUUGUCGAAGGUGCACAUGAAACACAUCAAGGUGUACGAUCCUCGCGGAGGCAAGGACAACGAGAGAAGGUUGACCGGUCUCCAUGAAACUGCCAGUAUUAAUGACUUUAGCGCAGGUGUCGCGAAUCGCGGCAGCAGCAUCAGAAUACCUCGCACAGUCGCCGAGGAGAAGAAGGGCUACUUGGAGGACCGCAGGCCAGCGUCCAACUGCGACCCGUACGCCGUCUGCAACGCGCUCAUGCGCACUUGCAUACUAAACGAAUAAACUCGGCGUGCACUCAGGCAUUCCCCUCCCGUGUCAGCUAAACCACUCCGUCUACCAGGCCAAGUGGCUCAAGCCACAAGCAGAAAACAAAGGAGCAACUAGCCCCACUCUGCACCCCACUUUUAUAAUUAUACAGUCUGCGUCUUGCAUUUUACAGGGCCAAAGAAGUAGUCUAUAUCAAAUAGGCCUAGAUGAAUCUUUUUAUUUCUUUAUAAUGGCAGCAUAAUUUAUUCUAAGCGGACACGUGAUAGAGGUAGAUUAUAAUGGACCACAUAAGAUAUUAUAAAAUAACAUAGAUCAUAUUUUUACGAAUAUUAUGUGAUAUUUAAAAAGUAAUUGUCAUUUUUUAUGUUUAUUGUUUAUACUUAUACUAAUAACCACAUAUCAUUUUAACCUAACCACUUCAAAGAAAUUAGCCAAGCUAAUACGUUCAAGUACGAUUGACAACUUCCACUUGGCUGUAGUUGUAUCAAAAGUUCGCCUCAUUUGGACAUAAUACAAUGUUUAGCUACCUGUAAUUGUCACAAAAUAUUCUAUAGGUUAGUUCUAUAAGGUACUAAACAUAAUAAUAUUCCAUCUAAUAAAAUUGUAUGGUAAGAUAAUGAGCCUAUAUAUAAUAAACGCACAUAAAAUAAAUACCACGAGAGUACUACAAGCAAAGCACAAGAUUAUCGUGUCGUGUUUAAACUAUGUUAUACGUAUAUCUUGUUUAAAUAUUAUUUACUUUGCAUGCUUCGAAUCGCGAAUGAUUUGACAAAUUUUAUGUUGUUUAUGAAUAUGUUAAAACCAUAUAAAAUGAAAUGUUAUAAAAAAUAAAUGAUACUUUGUUGUA